UCUCUCUCUCUCUCUCUCUCUGUGAAAAAAUACUCAAACUCACGCAAAUUACACAUCUACUCUGUCCAUUCCUUAAUUUCAUUCUUUCAUUCAUGGACUCACCUUCUCGCUCCUCCGUAAUCAUCGUCGGCGCCGGCGUUUCCGGAAUAUCGGCGGCGAAGGUGUUGGCGGAGAACGGAAUAGAGGAAUUUAUGAUUCUAGAAGCUUCGGACCGAAUCGGCGGUAGGAUCCGGAAAGAAAGUUUCGGCGGGGUGUCGGUGGAGCUCGGGGCCGGGUGGAUCGCUGGAGUUGGCGGCGAAAAGUCCAAUCCCGCUUGGGAGCUCGCUAACAAUUCCGGCCUCCGCACUUGCUUCUCUGACUACAGCAAUGCUCGCUACAACAUCUACGAUACCAGCGGGAAAAUUAUACCGAGAAAACUAGCGAACGAGUUGUACAAGAAGGCGGUGGACUCGGCGAAGGAGAAGAUGGACUCGGCGAUUCGGUCACUCAGGAGCCAAGAAUCGAACAACCGUGGAUGUGGUGGUGGUGACGUCAGCAGAGUAACUGAACCGCCUUUGGAAGACCCUCUUUGUACGCCGAGGACGCCAUUUGAGCACGCUAUUGACUUCUUGCUACACGAUUUUGAGAUGGCAGAGGUAGAGCCAAUAUCAACUUUUGUAGAUUUUGGGGAACGAGAAUUUUUAGUUGCAGAUGAAAGAGGGUUCGAGCAUUUGUUAUACAAAAUGGCUGAAGAGUUUCUUUUUACCUCUGAGGGCAAAAUCUUGGAUAGUCGACUGCAACUAAACAAGGUAGUUCGGGAGUUACAGCACUCGAGAAACGGCGUGACGGUAACAACGGAGGAUGGUUGCGUCUACGAAGCCAAUUACUUGAUUCUUUCUGUCAGCAUCGGUGUUCUACAAAGCGACCUCAUUUCCUUCAGACCCUCCUUGCCCAGGUGGAAAACGGAGGCCAUACAGACAUGUGAAGUGAUGGUGUACACAAAGAUCUUCUUAAAAUUUCCACAUAAGUUCUGGCCAUGUGGACCCGGAAAAGAGUUCUUCAUGUAUGCUCACGAGAGGAGGGGAUACUACACGUUCUGGCAGCACAUGGAGAAUGCAUUCCCUGGUUCAAAUAUCCUGGUUGUAACGUUGACGAAUGGGGAAUCAAAACGUGUAGAAGCCCAGUCAGAUGAAGAAACAUUGAAAGAAGCUAUGGGGGUUCUUAGAAACAUGUUUGGACCCAACAUACCUAAUGCCACUGAUAUUCUAGUGCCCCGUUGGUAUUAUAACAGGUUCCAAUGUGGCAGCUACAGCAACUAUCCAAUCAUCUCUAAUAAUCAACUUGUUCACAAUAUUAAGGCCCCAGUGGGACGCAUCUUCUUUACCGGUGAACACACAAGUGAACAAUUUAGUGGUUAUGUCCACGGUGGAUACUUAGCAGGUAUCGACUCUAGUAAAGCUUUGUUAGAAGAAAUAAGGAAAGAAAGAAAAACUGAGAAUCAAAAUCAUUUGUUAGAGCCCUUGUUAGCGUUGACUGGGUCGUUAACUUUGACACAAGCAGAUGCAGUCUCAAGUCUGCACAAAUGCGAUAUUCCCACUCAAUUAUAUCUUAGUGGGAAACUCAGUAUUCCAGAAGCUAUAUUGUGACUAUAUGGACCUAUACAAAAAUGGCACUUUGUCGAUGAUGAUGAUGACGAUAAAAAUAUGACCAAUGAGACUGCUGGCCUGAUGGAUUUGGUUUUGCAUUCGGUUCAAGCCCUUGAGUCCAUCCAUAUGCUAGAAUGAAUUGAGAUACAAAAAGCAGGUUACGGAAGAAAUGCAAAAGGUUGCUUGGACUAUAUGUGUAGCUGCUACAUGAUCAUAAUGGAGCCGAGUUUUGGAUUCUUGAAGGGAUUUUGGUUUGGGCAUACGUAUAAAAGAUUGUUUAUUGGAAGGACUGAGAUUAAGAAUAGGAAAGGCCUUACAAUUCUAAUUUUACAUGUACCAAGUCUCACUUGACCAACUCUUAUUUCUAAUUCUAUUUGAAUAAUUGAUUAUGCAAAGAUUUCCAAUUCGUCCCAUCAAACUCAAUGGCCAUCUAAUUGAUAGGCUAGUAAAUGAGGCCACAAGUGUAUUAAUACUUUUAUCAUUGUAGACUCAGUUUCAAAUAAAGGUAAUUUAAAAUUCAAUGCAAUAUA